GUGACGGAGUUACCCACAGACACAGAGAGAGACUAACCGCGGCUCUGACCGCGGCCGGUGGUACAGUUUGAGCAACUUUAACGGACUUUUAUUACACAGAGAGUAAAAACGGGGAAGUUCACUAACGGUCCCGGAAACACCUCCACUCCGGGAACACACCAACGGCCCGGGAAACACACCAACGGCCCGGGAAACACACCAACGGUCCGGGAAACACACCAACGGCCCAGGGAACACACCAUCGGCCCGGGGAACACACCAACGGCCCGGGGAACACACCAACGGCCCGGGGAACACACCAACGGCCCGGGGAACACACCAACGGCCCAGGGAACACCGGCCAAGGGCCCGGGAACACACCAACGGCCCGGAGAAACACACCAACGGCCCGGAGAAACACACCAACGGCCCAGGGAACACACCAACGGCCCGGAGAAACACACCAACGGCCCGGGAACACACCAACGGCCCGGAGAAACACACCAACGGCCCGGAGAAACACACCAACGGCCCGGGGAACACCGGCCAACGUUAGCUAACAGAUCCGCACUAAAGCUAACGUUACCGGGCGGCUAAUACCGUUAGCAUGUGUGAGAGCAGAGCGGUCCCGGUUCCGAGCGGGAAGGUGUACCGGCAGCUGUUUGACGCUCAGGUUCAGCUGUCCAGAUCUCUGCUGGCUGGACGGAAAGACACGAGGACAGACUGUCUGUCUGCUGCAGACAGCAACACACACUGCAGCACCUCCAGCAGGUUGGGACAGCUGGUAGAUGAUGAAGAUGAAGAUGAUGAAGAUGAUGCUGAUAGCAUUGCUGAUGUCAGCAGACUUCCUGACUCUGUGGUGGUAGAAUGUCUGAGCUCUGACAUCGUCGAGCGUCUGACGGAGAGAAAAAGCCAACAACACGAAGAAGCUCUGAAACAGCUGGAGAAAGAUCUCACCCUCUUCACUCAGGCGUGUGAGACUCGGGUGAGGACCGUCAGCCAGGAGCUGCUGUCCUCUCUGCAGGACGUGGACCUCAGGUUGAACACCCUGAAGGACAGAAUGGAACAGCUGGAACAGCUGCAACACGUCACUCUGCAGGAUGUGUGUGUUCUCUGGGACGAGGUAGAGGAGCAGGUGAAGCUGAAGAAGAUCCGGAUCGUUGAGCUGAACCACAAACUGACUGAAUCUGAGACUCAACGGACCAACGAGAUCCGAGCUGUGCUCAGGAAGUACUUCCAGCUGCUGGAGAAGAUCAGCUUCCUGCCUCCUCCGGACGUCUGCAGACUGAUCCACAGAGAGGCCUCGAUGUUGAACCAGUCUCUGCUGGCGAACCGUCGCAGCGUGGCUCGUCUGCUGCUGCUCCUCCAGGAGGAGAACCUGCAGCAGGAGUCUCUCCUCCGUCUGCACUGGGAGGACUGCCUGGGCCGCUGGAGGAGGAGCCGCGUCCGCCAGGUUAUAGACCGCUUCAGGAGUGUGUGCAGCAGCGAUGAGGAGCAGCAGCCGGUCUCGGGUCAGCAGCUGCUUCAGGAGAGGAAACGAGCUCUGACAGAACGGCGUGAUGACAUCAUCUAUAAGAUUUGCUCUCUGGUCCCGCCCUCCUGCUCCACUGCUCUGGUCUCUGAUUGGUUCAACCAGCUGACAGCCGUCAAUCAACAGAUCGACAGUCUCCAUGCUGACUCCCUCCAUCAGCUGCGUUGUUCUUAUGAACAGAAGUGGCAGGAUCGGCUGGCAGAGGUGCAGCGCUGCAAGGAGGAGCUCUCGGCUCUGCAGCUGUCGGAGGACGAGGUGAACAACAUCGUCAGCUCUCAGCUCCUCACUCUGAUUGGACGGAGCCAGAGUCAGGACGAAGAGCGAUUGGCUGCUUUAGAUCGGCGUUAUGACUCUGCGGCCCGCGAUGCUCUCCGUCUCAGCAGGUGUGUGUAUGUUGUGAUGCGCGGAGCAGCGUUGCUAUGGGAGACCCACUGCCACAGCUUAGAGAGGAGAGAAGAAGAACUCCAGCAACAGCUGGACGGGCUGAGACGCUGCCAGCAGAGACACAAGAAGAGGAAGAAGGUGCGUCUGGACGACCUGCUGGCUGGACUCCGUCAGGAGAGCAGAGAGGACGCUCUGAAGGCGUCUCUGGACAAAACUGUCCUCUACCUGCAGGACUUCAAACACAGCUGCAGCCAGUGUGUCUCUGAUCAGUGUGAGGUGUUGGAUCGUCUCCCCUCUCUCUUCCUGGAGGAGCUGCUCUCCUACAGCAGCAGCCUCAGCUCCUUCUUCCGCCUCGGACAAACCUACCGACCGAGUCCAGAAGAACUGCAGAAGCUCCUCCCAUCACUCAGCGAGCCAGAAACCAGGGAGGGAGCUGCAAUACAGAAAGCACAGGAGGAUACGGAGAGUCGUCCAAUCAGCUGGCAGAGUGACAGAAACCCCGCCCAGCCCUCUCAGGAUUGGCUCACUGAGGCGGAGUCCUCCCUGCUGGAUCUCUGUGACAUCCUGAGUGAUGUCACAUUCACAUCAUCAGGAGGCGUGGCCUAUAGUGGCCCCGCCUUCAGAUGCCCCGCCCCCGACCUACCGGACGACCCGCAACAGCAGGAAACACACCUGAACCUGUUUCCUGUAGAGCUGCUCACACACACACUGAUCAGAAUGAGGACUGUGUUCUUCGACCACCUGGAGCAGCGUUUCCAUGACGUCCUCAGCUCGGCCGUUGCCAUGGUGACAGACAGGAAGGAGGCGGCACGUUCGGAGAAGGAUCUCUACCUGCAGCAGCUGGAACCCCAACACAUCGAGACACACAUCUACCAGCCACGCCUCGCUGAGAUAUGGCUCCACAGACAGCAGGUGGACCUCCACUGUGAGGAGCUGCUGGAGGUGUUGGGGUCCUGCCGGGUGGAGCUGAAGGAGCUGCAGGCCUCUCUCAGCGGGAAGAGUCACGAGUUCACCGUCCGUCUGUCCAACGUGGAGGACGACGUCCUGGCGGCCAACAGCAGCCAACGACUGGAGGCUGUAAGCUCCACCCUGCAGGACUGUCUGGAUCAACAUAUCAAAGACACCCAGCGCUGCCAGACCAGCUUCAGACAGACGGUCCACAGCAGACUGGAGGAGGUCCGCAGCAGAACUACACAGCUGCUCCAGUCCUUCAGGUUGUUCAGUGAAGGAGGAGAUUUCUCUCCUCAGGAGGUGAAGCUGUUUCAGAGGAGGCUGAAGGAGCAAACCAAACAGAUCAGUAUGACGGAGGAGUCCAUCUACUCUGAGCUGGAGGCCUACGAGUCCAAGAGUUUACAGCAGGUGAAGGAGGCAUCCGGUCGCCUCGAGGAGAAACUCUCCUUUCUGAAGUCUGAGGUGGAGUUCACAGAGAAGAGCCAGAAAAUCAUCAGCAGCACACAAGUUCACAUCAAGGCUGAGGCAGCCAGCAGUAACCAGCAGCAGUGGUCCCUCAGCAGCAGGUUGGAGGAUGUCAGGAGGAUGAUGGAGAACCCAGAGCUGUCUCCAGAUCAGCUGUUUUCUUUGCUGUCAUCACUCAAUGAAGAAGUCAGGAAGCGCUCUCAGUACCUGGACCUUCCUUUGGAAAGCCUCUCCGCUCAUUCUAAAUCCAGGAAGCAGGUCCAGUCCGCUCCACCUCCUGGUUUACUGCAGACCAGCAGGGCCGGAGUAGACCUCCUGGAUGACCCUGCUGUGGGCGUCAUCAAGUCCCUGCACAGGUUGUGUGUGGUCCAGGAUGUUGGAGCAGAGGCAGCCGAGAGGGAGGACAGAGGAACAACAGCUGCUGUUUGUGUUUCUGCAGCUCAGAGUCCGGCUCAACGCCUGCAGCAGAAAUGUACCGAGUCUUUCAGCGCACUGAGUUUGAGGAGGGGCUGCCGGUCCAUCCGGACUGAGAGAAGGUUCCAGAUUUUCGGAUCAGGACCUGAACAGAAGUCUCAUUCCUUCGGCUCCACGCUCAACUCCGUGCUGUGGACAGCCAAUGACAGCCUCCUGCAGGUUGCCGAGGACUUUUACCGCAGCGAUCGCUGUGGUCUCAGUAAGUUCUUCCUGGUUCCUGAGAGUUUGGACCAAUGGGCUGAGAGCCUGCAGCAGAGGCUGCUGGGAUAUCAGGACCAGAGCAGGACGUUUCUGAGCACGAGCAGAGAGGAGUUGGUGUCCCAGCUGUCUGUGUUGGAGGAGCUGCUCCAUUCGUUGCCUGCAGUUCUGAUCGGUAACCUUGAGCGACGACAGGAGGCGGGGCUUAGAGAGGAGGUGGGAGGAGUCAGGCUGAAGCUGAAGGAGGCGCUGGCAGCCAGCGAGGAGGAGAAGCGUGAGAACGUGCGUCAGCUGAGAACGUCUCUGGGAGACGCCGAGCUUCAGACUCUGGACAGCAGAGAGCAGCAGAGACAGCAGGAGCUGCACACAGCUGUCUGCUGGGCUCACCUGGAGCUACAGGAGUGUGUGAGAGUCAGAGAGGAGGAGUUUGUGACAUCACUGGGUGCUCUGACAGAACAGCUGUUCUCUCAGCUGGACCAGCUGCCGUCAACUGAACACACUGUUACCACGGAGACAGGAGCCAGCAGGUAACUCCUGACCUCUGACCUCUACACAAGGAUUUACUUUAUUAUUCAUAAAGUCUCCACCUUUUAUGGUGUGUGUGUGUGU